UUCCAAUUCACCAACUCCUUCAAACUUAAUUAUUAACACUUCCUUAGUUCAAUAUGGGGAAGCCCUUCACUCUCUCUCUUUCUUCCCUUUGCUUGCUACUCUUGUCGAGUGCAUGCUUUGCUAUUAGCUCCAGCAAGCUCAACGAGUGCCAACUCAACAACCUCAACGCGUUGGAACCCGACCACCGCGUUGAGUCCGAAGGUGGUUUGAUUCAAACAUGGAACUCUCAACACCCUGAGCUGAAAUGCGCCGGUGUCACUGUUUCCAAACUCACCCUCAACCGCAAUGGCCUCCACUUGCCAUCUUACUCGCCUUAUCCCCGGAUGAUCAUCAUCGCCCAAGGGAAAGGAGCACUUGGAGUUGCAAUUCCAGGAUGUCCUGAGACGUUUGAGGAGCCACAAGAACAAUCAAACAGAAGAGGCUCAAGGUCGCAGAAGCAGCAGCUACAGGACAGUCACCAGAAGAUUCGUCACUUCAAUGAAGGAGACGUACUCGUGAUUCCUCCUGGUGUUCCUUACUGGACCUAUAACACUGGCGAUGAACCAGUUGUUGCCAUCAGUCUUCUUGACACCUCUAACUUCAAUAACCAGCUUGAUCAAACCCCUAGGGUAUUUUACCUUGCUGGGAACCCAGAUAUAGAGUACCCAGAGACCAUGCAACAACAACAACAGCAGAAAAGUCAUGGUGGACGCAAGCAGGGGCAACACCAGCAGGAGGAAGAGGAAGAAGGUGGCAGCGUGCUCAGUGGCUUCAGCAAACACUUCUUGGCACAAUCCUUCAACACCAACGAGGACAUAGCUGAGAAACUUCAGUCUCCAGACGACGAAAGGAAGCAGAUCGUGACAGUGGAAGGAGGUCUCAGCGUUAUCAGCCCCAAGUGGCAAGAACAACAAGAUGAAGAUGAAGAUGAAGACGAAGAUGAUGAAGAUGAACAAAUUCCCUCUCACCCUCCUCGCCGACCAAGCCAUGGAAAGCGUGAACAAGACGAGGACGAGGACGAAGAUGAAGAUAAACCUCGUCCUAGUCGACCAAGCCAAGGAAAGCGUGAACAAGACCAGGACGAGGACGAGGACGAAGAUGAAGAUGAAGAUCAACCUCGCAAGAGCCGCGAAUGGAGAUCGAAAAAGACACAACCCAGAAGACCUAGACAAGAAGAACCACGUGAAAGAGGAUGCGAGACAAGAAACGGGGUUGAGGAAAAUAUCUGCACCUUGAAGCUUCACGAGAACAUUGCUCGCCCUUCACGCGCUGACUUCUACAACCCUAAAGCUGGUCGCAUUAGUACCCUCAACAGCCUCACCCUCCCAGCCCUCCGCCAAUUCCAACUCAGUGCCCAAUAUGUUGUCCUCUACAAGAAUGGAAUUUACUCUCCACAUUGGAAUCUGAAUGCAAACAGUGUGAUCUAUGUGACUCGAGGACAAGGAAAGGUUAGAGUUGUGAACUGCCAAGGGAAUGCAGUGUUCGACGGUGAGCUUAGGAGGGGACAAUUGCUGGUGGUACCACAGAACUUCGUGGUGGCGGAGCAAGCCGGAGAACAAGGAUUCGAAUACAUAGUAUUCAAGACACACCACAACGCAGUCACUAGCUACUUGAAGGAUGUGUUUAGGGCAAUUCCCUCAGAGGUUCUUGCCCAUUCUUACAACCUUCGACAGAGUCAAGUGUCUGAGCUUAAGUAUGAAGGAAAUUGGGGUCCUUUGGUCAACCCUGAGUCUCAACAAGGCUCACCCCGUGUUAAAGUCGCAUAAAUGACAAGCAUGAUGGUGUGAGGAUGAGGCCAUCUUAUGAAAUAAUAACAAAUAAAUAAAUUUUGUAUGAUAAUAAAAAGUAUGGCCCAUGUACCAUCCCAGCGAGCCUAUGUUUAUAUCUGAGUGGCGUUGUACCUUUCAAUCGCCUUAAUAAAAUGUCAGUCUUCACGUUUUGUCUUUA